AUGCCGAGACUCAGGAAGAGGCUGUAUGGGACUGCUGGGCAAGACAAGAAGGGACCAGCAGGAAAGCGUACCAAGACUAAGAACCCUGGUGAGGCACCAGCUACAGUGGAGAGAUCCAGCCCUCGGGAGACUUCAGCCCUUAAAAAAUGUGGGGACAAUGUAAGCAGCUACUGGCUGAUGAAGUCAGAGCCAGAAAGCCGCCUAGAGAAAGGUGUGGAUGUGAAGUUCAGCAUCGAGGAUCUCAAAGCGGAGCCCAAGCAGACAGCAUGCUGGGAUGGCGUUCGCAACUAUCAGGCCCGGAACUUCCUGAGAGCCAUGAAGCUGGGGCAGGAAGCCUUCUUCUACCACAGUAACUGCAAAGAGCCAGGCAUCGCAGGACUUGUGAAGAUUGUGAAGGAGGCUUACCCAGACCACACACAGUUUGAGAAAAGCAACCCCCAUUAUGAUCCAUCCAGCAAAAAAGACAACCCCAAAUGGUCCAUGGUGGAUGUCCAGUUCGUGCGGAUGCUGAAGCGCUUCAUUCCCCUGGCUGAGCUCCGAACGCAUCACCAGGCUCACAAGGCCUCUGGCGGGCCCCUACGGCACAUGGCGCUCUUCACUCUGCAGAGGCUCUCAGUGCAGCCCCUGACCCGAGAGGAGUUCGAUUUUAUUUUGAGCCUGGAGGAAAAGGAACCGAGUUAG